ACUUAGGGAUUCAUAAUCACUGAUGAAUGUAUUUGGUAGAAAGAAGCAAACAACAGUUUCAGUGAGAGGAGAGGAAGCUCAGCAGGAGGGGCUUCAGGGAGGGAAGCAUGAGAUGUCACUCAACAGUAUCACACCUUUGGCGUUCGCUGUAGCGCAGGGCCGGUGUUAUGUGCAGAUGAGCAUUCGAAGCUUGGAAACCUUUUAGAGGUGGCAAAGCAAUGCAGAGGUGACAGAUGUCUGAACAUCAACACGGGAAGCUGGAGAGAGGGAGGGAGAGCGAACAAAAGCCAUUUAAUCAGCCUUUGAAUAAAAAGAAGAGUGAACAGAGUGCCAGUGCCGGUGCCAGUGUCUGGGUGAAACGAAAGCUAAACCAGCAUAUUCGCAAUAAACAGAGGAAACCGGAAAGCGAGGAUCCAACCCAGCUCCGUGCAUCGAACAUACCUGAAUCGCAUUAUUUGGAGGAGGACAGUCCAUUAAGAAGAACAGCCUCAGAGCCAAUUCUAAAGCUGCGACCAAAGAGAAGUGCAUCGGGAAGACAGAACCCACUGCAGCGUAAAAGCAGCGCGCCCCCUGCUGUCAGAGCUUCUGACUCUAGGGGGGGAAGCUCCAGUUCUACUCCAGUAUCCUUAAGAAGUUCAUCAGCAGAUAAAAAAAUGAGCCAUCAAAAGCCACAGACCUAUAGCACAUCAUCACCACAACAGGAUGAAUCUCCUGUACACAUUGGUGUUCAGAACACCAUGCUCUGGACUAGAUAUGAACCGCAGGUCUUUGCCAUGCAUUCACCUGUUCAUACAGUUCCUGGCCAAUGGGCAGUGAUGUCUCAUAAGCCUUUGAGCAAAACCCAGUCGGCACAUUCUUUCUUCCAGCACAUCCACACUCAGACUUUUAUGAUUACACACCCAAUGUACCAACAGCAAUGGCCACAGGAGACAUUCCGGCCUGAGACAAAUGUACAUUUGCACCCAAACACACAGAGCUCUUUUUCACACACUCAUUGCAAGGUACCUUUACACAGGGCACAGCCUGUGUCCUUUGGAUCGCUGAGAAAAGACAGAGAGAGAACAAGGGAGGAUUUAAAUAUACUGUCUCAAUCGCCGCAUGAUAACCCAUGCUGUGAUCAACUGAGAGUGCUGCAGAACAGUGAAUGCUGUAAUGUACGAAAAAAUAUACAUCACCGGAACCUUACGCGUGUGCAUUCCUCUCCAGGCACCUUUAAUAGAAGUCUGCCUUUACAUUUAUCUUCACCUCUAGCCCGGGAAGUCAAGAGCACAUCAAACUAUACAACAGGUUUGGUGUUUGACUAUGAGAUGCUGAAACAUGAGUUUGACUGUAAAGAUACCAGCUUUGAUUCUGGCAGGAUUAUGAAAAUCUGGUCAAGACUGCAGGAGUGUAGCUUCAGGAGUCAGUGUAAGUUGAUUGAAGGCAGACCGGCCACGUCUGAGGAGCUUCUGUCGGUCCAUUCAGAACAGCUUAUUGUUUUGUACGCUGGGUUCUCAGAUAGAACAUCUUCCAAACCAUAUCAAAGUCCAACAGACCCUGAUAUGGUACUGAAAAAUUCCCGGAGAACAAUACUGAAGAUGUCAGUGGGCUGUGUGAUAGAGCUAGCUUUCCGUGUGGCUAGAGGAGAGCUAAGGAAUGGGUUUGCUGUGGUCACACCUCCAGGACACCAUGCAUCAUAUACUCAAACAUGUGGUUCCAGUAUCUUUAACUCUGUGGCUAUUGCUGCUAAACAGCUUCAGGAACGAUUGAAGGUUAAAAAGAUCCUUAUAGUAGAUUGGGAUGUUCAUCAUGGUAAUGGAACUCAGGAGAUAUUCUACACAGAUCCUAGUGUCCUCUAUAUAUCCCUGCAUCGAUAUGACAAUGGUUCUUUCUUCCUUGGAAAUGGACAACCCACCAGGGUAGGAUCUGAUAGAGGCGAAGGCUAUAAUGUAAAUGUGGCGUGGUCAGGAGGCCUGAAUCCUCCAAUGGGAGAUGCAGAAUACCUAGCUGCAUUCAGAAUGGUAGUGAUGCCAAUUGCGCAUGAGUUUUCCCCAGAUGUGGUCCUGGUUUCAGCUGGUUUUGAUGCUGCAGAAGGUCAUUCAGAGGCUCUGGGUGGAUACAGAGUCUCAGCAAACUGUUUCGGAUUCUUGACCCGAAAGUUAAUGGAGUUGGCUGAAGGUCGAGUGGUGUUGGUGUUAGAGGGAGGUUAUGACGUCUCGUCCCUCUGCGACGCGUGGCAAGCCUGUGUCAGCGCUCUCCUGGGAAAUGAGCCUGUGCCUUUAGCUGAGGAGGAAUUAGUGAGGACACCCUGUAUCAACGCAGUUGAGUCUCUGAAGACAGUUCUACAGGUUCAGAGCAGGUACUGGCGUUCAGUGAGGUCGAUGGUAAACACUGUGUCUCUGUCCUACAUGAAUGCAGAGAGAAGAUACUCGGCAGGCAGUGAAGCUGCUUUAGUCCUGGAUGGCCUUCAUAUGUCUGUUCCAAGCAACAGCCGUUUCCUAAAUGAGCCUAUGGAGCAUGAUGAAGCUGAUUCAUUGUAGAAGCCAGUCUGGAAGCCUUUAUUCCUCUCCAAGCAGAAGUCAGACAUCUUGUGCUGUAACAGACUGUGAUAUUACUGUGAUGACUGCAGGGUCGAGACAGGAGAAAAUCCUCAGGAACUUAGCUGAACAAAAGAAAUUCACUGUCACAUCUCGUGAGUGAUGUAUUGAGUCAUUUGUUUGACGACAAAGGUUUUACUGAUGAAGCAUCUGGGCAAUGUCAAAUAAGGAUAUCUUACAAAUUUAUGAGAAACAUCCUUACCAAGGAUUUUUUAAAGGGACAAAAAUUUGGUUAAUAUUAUAAUUUUUUAUUAAACAUUCAGCAUUGCAUGUUUGCAUUGCUGAUCUUUUGAAAUUUUAAUUUUAGUUUUAAACAUUGACAGUAACUAAUGUUUCUUAAACACCAAAUCAGCAUACCAUAUUUUUCUGACUAUAUGUCGCACCUGAGUAUAAGUCGCAUCAAUCCAAAAAUACGUCAUGACGAGGAAAAAAAGAUAUAUAAGUCGCACUGGACUAUAAGUCGCAUUUAUUUAGAACCAAGAACCAAGAGAAAACAUUACCGUCUACAGCCGUGAGAGGGCGCUCUAUGUCUUCAGUGUAGACUACAGGAGCACUGAGCAGCAUAGAGCGCCCUCUCGCGGCUGUAAACGGUAAUGUUUUCUCUUGUUUCAUGUCAAAUUAAAAUUGAUAAGUUGCACCUGACGAUAAGUUGCAGGACCAGCCAAACUAUGAAAAAAAAGUGCGACUUAUAGUGCGAAAAAUAUGGUAUAUUAGAACUUUGCCAUCACAGGAAUAAAUUAGAUUAAUGUAUAUAUAGUGGUGUGAAAAAAAUUUUUUUUGCAUGUUUGUCACACUUUAAUGUGGGCCAAUACUUUUUUGCACCACUGUGUAUAUAUAUAUAUAUUCAUAGAAAACUGUUUUAACUCAAUUUUUGAAACAACCUUCAAACUUUUGAACUGUAGUGUAAAUUGUUACUGUUUAAAUGUGGACUGAUAAAUGACUAGUUUUAUGCAUCUGUUUUUCAUUCAAAUCUUUGAAAUGAUCAGUAGUCCUUGUUAACUUUAAAAUGGUCUCGGCAUUUUAAUAAUAAAAGCUUUUGUUAAUUGCACUUUACAUUCAUCAGUCAUAUCAAAUCUAAAAAGAAAACAUCCUGAGACAAAUUACAUUGUGUUCAAGCUAGGUUUUUAGGUUUUAAUUAUUAUUAGUGACAGAGUUCUCUCAAUGAAUAUGUAUACUUGUAUGUCAGGUAUUUAUAUAGCGAGCAUUAAGAAAAGGGUACCAAGUACUUUGUGCUUUGCUGUGUCAGUUAGGAUGACAUUCAUUUCUGAGAAUAACUUGUAUCUCCUUUUUAUUACCAAGCUGGUCUGCAGUUACAUUUGAAUAUGUUUGGUGAAAUACUAUGACAGCACUGUUUUUUGAGAAAAAUUAUUUAAUGUUUUUAUUUCUUAUCUUUUCAUUUCAUUUAAUUGUCUUAUAAAUGUUUUGCUGUUUUCAAAAUUAAAUAAACCUGUAUUUUUACUUUUUUUAAAAAA